AUGCUUUCUGAUUACAACGUCCCAAGUGUUUCCUCCAUAAAUCGUGUUUUACGAAACCUGGCUGCUCAAAAGGAGCAACAUGUACAUGCACAAGAUGCUGUCUAUGAUAAACUGCGCAUGCUCAAUGGACAAGGGUGGCCUCGACCAAACCCCUGGUACCCAGCGAGUGCUACGUUUGGGGGUAUAACCCCCGCUUGUGUCCCUCCUCCAGUCACUGUACCAGGUCUUUCCACCGAGAACGGUCCAAUUCAGAAAAAAGAAGGCGAUAGUGGAACAGAAAGCUCCAGCCGAAGCGACCCUGGCGGAAGCGGUGACGAUGAAGAAAACGCAGCACGAUUACGUCUGAAGAGAAAACUACAAAGAAACCGAACUUCUUUUACUCCAGAACAGAUAGAAGCGUUAGAAAAGGAAUUUGAACGAACUCAUUAUCCAGACGUUUUCGCCCGGGAACGAUUAGCAUCAAAGAUAGACUUACCAGAAGCUAGAAUACAGGUUUGGUUUUCCAACCGCAGAGCCAAAUGGAGACGGGAAGAAAAGUUAAGGAAUCAGAGAAGAGCUGCCGAGCAAGCCGCGGCAGCUGCCGCAGCUGUCAACACCACACCGGGUCGCCUCCCUCUCAACUCAGGUUUUCCGAAUUCCUUGUAUCCCGGUAUAGGACAACCAAUGGCUAGCAUGGGGGACUCUUAUAGUUCUAUUCCACCGAUGUCCACUUACUCUAUGCCGAACAAUAUGGCACCAAAUUCCUGUCUUCAGCAGCAGGCGUCAUCCUAUUCUUGCAUGUUACCACCAGGGAGCGCUAGAAGCUACGACCAUCUUUCACUAAGUAGCUAUAGCCGACCAUCAUGUCCUACCGCACAACCAUAUGUAAUGCAGCCUGUAAAUGGUCAGUUUUCCACAGUCAACAAUGGCGGUGCUGGGUCAACAGGUUUGAUAUCACCGGGGCUGUCUGUCCCAGUCCAAGUGCCAGGACAGCCAGGAGAUUUGAACAUGUCUUCAGCCUACUGGCCGAGAAUCCAGUGACCCUGGGAGCGUCAGAAGCACGUGUGGACAAAACAAAAAAGACUAGCUUUUGACGCUGCCAACGUUUUACAAUAUUUUGCAUCACCACAAUCUAUGUAAAUCAUGGAACACAUAUAAUUUCAUGUUGGGGGUGCACAUGAAAAACUUUAUAAUCCAGUCGAAACGAGAAGUAAAUUAGGAUAUAGACUAUCACAUUUUUGAAGAAGUAGUGGAGCCACUGGAUUCAGUGCCCUUAGGUACUUAUUUAAAAUGUCUAUCACAGCAUCAGAAAUACAACUAGAAGGCACAACAUUGCCGGAUUGGUCAACAUUAAAGCUCGUGUGCAGAUGUUUACAACAUAUCCAGUCCAACAAGAACAAACGAUACAACUGGAGGAUACAACAUUGCCGGAUUGGUCAACAUUAAAGCUCGUGUGCAGAUUUUUACAACAUAAUCAGUCCAACAAGAAGAAACGAUACAACUGGAGGAUACAACACUGCCGGAUUGGUCAACAUUAAAGCUCGUGUGCAGAUUUUUACAACAUAAUCAGUCCAACAAGAAGAAACGAUACAACUGGAGGAUACAGCAUUGCCGGAUUGGUCAACAUUAAAGCUCGUGUGCACAUUUUUACAGCAUAUCCAGUCCAACAAGAACAAACGAUACAACUGGAGGAUACAACAUUGCCGGAUUGGUCAACAUUAAAUCUCGUGUGCACAUUUUUACAACAUAAUCAGUCCAACAAGAACAAACCAUGCAACUGGAGGAUACAACAUUGCCGGAUUGGUCAACAUUAAAGCUUCGUGUGCAGAUUUUUACAACAUAUCCAGUCCAGCAAGAACAAACAAUUCUAACAAUCUCUGACACUCUGAACGUAUACACGAUCAGAUAGUCGUUUAUCUAUUGACGUCGUCAUUAUCCUGAAUGUUCCCUGAAUUAAAAAUAUCUAGUCUUCCGGUUCUUAAGUUAAAUGUUUGUAUUAUAAUUCCUCUCUUACUAUUGUCACAGCUUUUCUGUAUAAUCUUUUAAUUUUGGUUAGGGUUGGAACUGUGUAGUUUUACGAGAUCUACAAUGAAACCAAAAACAUUGAUUUCUCACUUGCCAUAUGGAUCUUUUCCCUUCCGUAUAAGGAACGAAAUGAUGUAAAAUUGAUGUUAGAAUCUCUCUUGAAAUAAAAAAGCGAAUUUAUGUCAUGUAUAGCAUAGUACUUAUUUAUUUAAUACCAGAUUUUCAUGUUAGUUUUUUAAAAAAAUAUGUAUUACAAGUUUCGAGAUGCUAUUCGAUUAACCCCCUUCAAACAGAGCAAUGUUCGAAAAAAAAAUGAAACAUUAGUGCUGAGUUUUAAUUUUUAUGUGUCAAGCUAAAACUAUUAUAGUGUACAACGACCAGAGAGGAGAUGUUUAAAAACCUUAGCAGUGCUUUUUAUGAUUAAUAAAGCUCAUUUUUUUUUGACAGAGCUAAAGUCUAGACAUCAGCACAUUUAU